GGUGGGGGUCAGCCUCUUCUCCAAGGCAACUAGUGAAGGGACAAGAGGACGAGCCCCCAGGUUCAGGCUGGGCACCAGGAAGAAUUUCAUCACAUGAAGAGCUGUCAAGAAUUGGAAGGGGCUGCCCAGGGGGAGCCUGAUGGUGGUGGAACCACCACCCUGGAGGUGUUCAAGAAACAGCUGGACAUGACAUCCAGUGCUAUGGUUUGGUUGACAAGGUCAUCACCUUUUCAGCCGGUCAAAGGCUAGACUCGAUGACCUCUGAGGUCUUUUCCAGUCUGAACGGUCCUGUGACAUACAUACCCACACACACGGCUGGAACAGACAUGGAAAACGGGGGCGCAGAAUGGGUGAAACCCACAGAGGUUUGUGCGCCCCACGAGGAUCCGAGGAUCGGUCACACCGCUGGAUGCGGGAGCGCUGUUCCCGCGGGAGCCGCAGACGAUGCCCCCCCGGCAGCGGGAGGAGGAGGAGCGGGGGGUUUCCGCGGAGCCGGUGCCGAGCCCGGGGCCGCGACAGGUGCGGCGGCGGCGGCCCCCGGCCGAGAGCAGCCGCCAAGCGCGGCCGGCGGGACACGGGGCGAGCAGGGGCGAUGCGGCACCUGCCGCGCAUAAAAGUGAUGGAGCGGCGGGGCGGCGGCGGGCGCCAUGCGGGGCGGCGGGGGCGCGGCGGCCGCGGGGCAGGCGCGGGGGGCCGCGGGGGGCGCGGGGCGGCGGCGGCGGGCGCGGGGCGGCGGCGGGCGGCGGGCGGCGGCCAACGCGCGGGAGCGGGACCGCACGCACAGCGUCAACACGGCCUUCGGCGCCCUCCGCCGGCUCAUCCCCACCCGCCCGGCCGACCGCCGCCUCUCCAAGGUGGAGACGCUGCGCCUGGCGUCCAGCUACAUCUCGCACCUGGCCAACGUGCUGCUGCUGCAGCAGCGCCGGCAGGACGAGGCGGUGGAUGCCGAGGAGCCGUGCCCGCAGCCGUGCCCGCAGCCUUGCCCGCAGCCGUGCCCGCAGCCGUGCCCGCAGCCCUGCCCGCAGCCCGCUCAGCCCCCGCAGCCCUGCUCGCCACCAGGCGCCUCCGCGCCUCGGUCCAUCUGCACCUUCUGCCUGAGCGACCAGCGGCAGCGGCACCGAGAAAGAGAGAAACCAUCACCUGCUCCAGCCGUAACCGGACUCUGAACAGGCUGAGGUCUCGCACCAUUCCUGCUCUGACUGUACCACUGCUCUGGGUAACAUCGCCUCACUCGCGCUGCAUGUUUACAUUCAGAUAGCACAGUCCUAAAAGAGUUCCUUUUCAAGCCUAUGCACUUUGUUUCAUAUUGUGAGUUUUUUCAGGGUGUUUUGCAAAUGAAAUCCACUGCCUCUGUUGAAGACGGUUGCACCUGGUGCUGCAGCUAUUUUAGCGCGAGAAAUGUUAAACCUCAGCAGCCAAGCCCUGAUCCUGAUGCCUCCUAAACCUGUGUCGCAUGAUGAAACUUGAACUUCCAAACACACAGUGUCCCCUGUCAGGGGAAGCUGUCAUGAACACGCCGUGCCCUACGCCUCCAGCCCAGCCCGGGCUGCACGCAGCGCUGCCGCCCACCCCUCCAGCUGCACGCCAGACCUUGGGGACAGGGGCUGAUGCCGACAGCUGACAUGCUUGAGAGGUCUCAACGAUGCUGGGAGAUUAUUUUGAGGUGUUCACAGAAAGUCGGGAAACUUCCAGUGAAAGCAGCGCCGUUGGCUGUGCACAGGCGCAGAGGCACGGGACGUGGCCAGCACAGGAGAGGAAAGGGGAGAAGAGCAGUGUGAGCGAUGCUCUUUUCUUAUUAAGAGAGGGAGUCCUGCCAGCCCUUUAAAUAGCACGGGAUAUUCCUAAAUCUGUCUGGCAAGGAGGGUUUCCCAAGGGCUUUUACCCAUCACCCAGCUCGUUCCAUAAUUGUGCCCUGUACAUCACUGAGGUUAUCUCCCCUCAGUUUACUAACUUGCAUAUUUUGUUUCAGAAGUAACUCUAAAAGGCAAAUAAACAUAUUCUGUUUUCAGAUUUGGACAUGAGUGAAGCAGCAGGCUAAAAUCUUAAACCCCAGUAAUGCUGGAUUCUAGGAAACACAGAGGUUAAUUUUGCAAUGUUUUUAUAGCUAUUUAUAAUAUAAUUAAUUAGGCUUUAACUUGUUGCUUUGGGAGGCACUCUGUCCUCUUCGAGAGCCUGGUAACUGUACCACUCCAAGAAGUGCUGCAAGGAGAACUUGUCUCCUUUUUCCUUCCCUGAUGCCAUCUGUUCUCCUGGCCAGCCUUGCUGCUCUGGCCAAACGUGAGGGCUGAAGAAGCAACACUGGGUUGUUCACUUUCUUUUCUGUACAGAGUUUUCUCUUCUUGCCCUACAUAAGUGCAAAGCAAAUUCUGGCAGUUGUUAUGAAGAACUUGGCAAGAGCAAGGUCAUGGUGGACUCCUACACAACUUCACCUUUUUAGUUUCCCUUCUCCCCUGCCCAACACCCAGUGGCCACUUUUUCUGUAGCACAAUGAGGAAAAAUCAGCUGUACCUACAGAAAUGCAACAACCUCUUCCUUUGAAUUCUAACAAAGAAAAAUACCAAGCAAUGUCCCAGUGAUUCCAUAUCACGUCAGUCUCUUCAGUUAUUAAAAGCCACAGGCUGUAUUUUCCUGGAUUGAGAGGAGAUUUUUGCUUUUAGAGGGUUUCUAUCAUUAAUCUUUUUUUAAUGAGGAACUUUCAGUUGCUGCCAGAUCAUGGUCUUUGUUUGCUUUGGCUCUGAUUUGAAAAGCUGGAACUCUUUACAGUUUUGUAUAAAGUGUUUUUUUAAUUUUUGUGUUGUGUCAGCCUCUGUGUGUGGGUAUAGAGUUCUACAAACAUACCUUCCUGGAUUUCUUUGAUCAAUUUGAAAAAAAAUUGUCUUUUAAAAAGUUAUUUGCUCUACAAUUAAAGCUGAUCUUAUAGUUAGGCCCUACAUUCUUAUGAACACAUUAAACCAAAGUAUCUGACCUCUUUUUAGACAAUUAACAUUAAUUUAUUCAUUUAGCUGUAUCAUUUCAUAUUAUAUCCUAAAAUGACAAAACAUAAUUCAGUUUCAAACAAUUUUAGGAAAACUUUUCAUUGUGUGUGCUCUGAAUUUUGGAAUUUGUAAGAAAGACAAUAAAGUUAUUUAUUUCAGGUUUUCAAAAUGCUGUGAUUUUAUUGCAGUUUUAAGAGUUUUAGUGUAGCUCUUGGCAAAUGAAGUAUAUUUGGAUUUAAUGAGAUAUCUUUAUAAUUAGCUAUUAAAGGAAAUGAGUACAAAAUGUGAAGUCCACUUCUGUACCAAAGUAAGAGCUGAAAUCUCAUAACUUGAAACUCUCAUUAAUAAUUUCUACAAUCCUUCAGGAAUUUGGUGUUCUCCCUUUAAAAGGGAUUUUAUCUCUCUAGUUUCGUAAAGGAUUUAUACAAAAUGCUUUUCAAUGACAAAAGCAGGAGCAGCCCCCAACAGCUUGGCCUUUUCUCCUGUUUAAUGUGGCUCAGUGUAACAUUAACUUCUUCUCUCUUUACUCAGGAUAAACUGUUGAAUUCAACUGGGCUUGAAGAUUUUCUCAGGGUUUCAAUUACUGAAUAAUACUGGAGUUUCAACAACACUGAUUGAUCGUGGCAGAAAUUAGACCCCAGAGCACUGUGGCCCAAAUAUUUAUGGUAUAGACAGAUGAUGUCUAUCCAAAGCAAUUAUAACCAUGAUUUCUCUGAGGAACGUUUAUGUAUGUGUAACUAUGCAUAUUUAAAUGAGGAAAACUGGGGACAAAUCCUUCACUUUUGUAAAUUUAUUUGUAAUGUAAAACUUCUCUAACCCCAGGAGAAAAAAAAAUUAAAAUCAAGCUGUUACUCUGUAAUGGGUUUUCUAUAAAUCAAGGGGAAAAGAAUUUAAUUUCUGGAGACACGAUGAACUGAGGGCUCAGAUUGCAUUUAAAAAGAGCUCCUCAUCAUUCCAUGUUUUACUGAGUUUUUACUGUGUGAGCUUUUGUGUUUUAUCAGUACUAGUUUUUUAAUCCUGGAGCAGGGUUAUUCAUGGCAUGCACAAAUAUAUGAGUCAAAAUCUUGAGGAUGUCUGAGAGCAAGUACCUUACUUGGCAGUGAGGCACUGGAAUAAUGUGAGUUGUUCCAGAGGUGCCAAACCACCUCUACUUCUGUGGAUAUUGGGGGUUUGACUUAUUUGUGAGUGCAUUCUGUUCUGUAUGUAUGAACAGAGGCAUGCCUGACGCCAAUCCCAGCUUUGUUUUCCUGUAAACACUUGGCUAUUCAAUUUACAUGAUGCAGGAAUAAAGCAAAAACAGUGAGAUAUACACCAUUUGGUCUCAGAUCCUAUUAAAUUAUUGUUAAAAUAAUCCAAGCAUGGUACUUCGUAUAAAUCAUUUUCCUUAGCUGCUACAUCACUGUAUAAAAACAGCACCAAGCAAAGUGAAUAAAUAAUGUUGUUUGAUUUUACUGGUUAAGUUUAAAGAAGCAUUUGAACAUAGUUCUUGGUUAUUUAUGAAUUAAUCAUAAUGUAAGUCAAAGUAGUUUCAUAUGUUAGCUUCUAUUUUCACUUCUGUUCUACAAAACAGAAGUUCCCUUUCAUGGAAAAUCUGCUUCUUUACAAAAAUCUGUAUUUGUUUGCAAAAUGUGAUUAUAUUUGCUAAAAUAAACAGUAUUUUUGCUACUAAUUUAAACAGCAAACUGCAAACAUUAAGAUGGAAGGUCUCUUCUAUAGCCAUCUCAAGAUACAAGUAUUUAAUGUUUUUCUUUACCUUUUUCAAAUCUAUCUCUCCAAGAUUUCAGCAGCAUCCUGAUGUGUAUGAAUGCACCAUGUGUGUGCAU